CUUGUGGACAAAGAACAUCUCUCUUCGAAGUUGGCGGUUGACUCCCAAAGCUUAGAGAUAGGCAAGGACUUGGUGCCGACAGAGGUAAGAUCGUUUAUAGAAAGGGAAACCGAGUUUUGGAAAAGGAUGGAAAAGCAGCAACCUGGUUCCUCGGAUGAUAGUGGUGAAGGUCGAACUGAUAAGCUUCCUGAGGAAGUUGGUCCUACCAAGACUGAUCUAAUGAAUUGUAUCUCGACUCUAACUUUAUCGGAUGAUGGAAUUAGUGGAGAAGAUAGUGAUUCAUUUGAUGCAAACGGGACAAACGAUGUUUCUGUUGCUUUCGUUAAGACUCCUGUUAUUCAAUUGAGGAAAAAACUUCUUGUUCUCGAUGUGAAUGGAUUGCUUGCUGAUAUAGUAUCUCGUCCUCCAAAGAAUUACAAAGCAGAUGCACGCUUUGCAGGACGAGCAGUUUUUAAGAGAUCCUUCUACGACGAUUUUUUUAGGUUUUGUUGUGAGAGGUUCGAAGUUGGUAUUUGGUCUUCACGAAACAGGAAAAACUUGGAAAGAGUCGUUGAUAUUUUGCUGGGAGAUAUGAAACAAAAGUUGCUUUUCUGUUGGGAUGCAUCUCACUGCACUGCAACACGAUUCAAAACUCCCGGGAAUAGAUAUAAGCCCUUAGUUUUUAAAGAGUUGAGGAAGAUUUGGAGAAAAACCGAUCCCGAUCUUCCAUGGGAGAUGGGAUAUUAUGAUGAAUCUAAUACGUUAUUGAUAGAUGAUUCUCCCUACAAAGCACUGCUUAAUCCCCCACAUACUGCAAUAUUUCCUCAUCCAUUCGAAUUCGGAAUGAAUGAUAAUUCAUUAGGCAUCGGUGGUGAUCUUAGAGUUUAUUUGGAAAGAUUAGAUUCAGCUGAGAAUGUACAGAAAUUUAUAGAGCAAAACCCAUUUGGUCAGGUAGCUAUUACUGAAAGAAGCCAUGACUGGGGCUUCUACAGCGAAGUUUUUGACGUAUGCGUUCAUUCUCGAGUAGAACAGCUUGGCUGUUAGUUUUGAAUCAAUUGAUUGAAACAAGGUUUAGCAUGGUUUUUUUAGACAA